AAAUAUUCUUCUCUCUUUCUCCCUUUCUUACACAAACUGAUGUCAGUGUUUUGGACUUGACCAAGUAAGAAGAGUCCAACAAAAAGGCAGAGGCUGAAAGAGGCUCACACACCCUCUAAUCUCCCCAACACUCCAGACUGUCCUGCAGCACACAUGCUCACAAACACACACACACACACACUCACACAUACACACUCCAGAUCUCAUUUUCCUCUCUCUUGAACUAAACAUGUUCUGUUGGGAAUUGUGUUUAGCCCUACUGAUCACCGGCUUCCCAGUGUGGGCUCUGCCUUCAACUAACAUCAAGAUCACGCAAGCACUGCCCCUGCAACUGUCAGACUCAAACCAGCCUGUGACAUGUCCGCUCUUCUGGACUGAAUUCGAGGGUUACUGUUACCGCUUCUUCCCCUUGAACCGCACCUGGGCUGAGGCAGAUCUGUACUGUGCCGAGUUCUCAAACGGACACAAAUCUGCCAAACUCACCUCCAUCCACAGCUGGGAAGAAAAUGUGUUUGUCUAUGAUCUUGUAAACAGCCGUGUACCAGGAAUUCCAACAGAUAUUUGGAUCGGCCUUCAUGAUAGAAGACAGGAGGGCACUAUGGAGUGGACAGAUGGGUCACCCUAUGAAUACAAUUACUGGGAUGGAAAUCAACCAGAUGAUGGCAUCCAUCGCAUCCCUGAGGAGGAGGACUGUGUGGAGAUCUGGUACAGACAAAACAGUGCACUGAGGUCUUGGAACGACAACAGUUGUGAUAAGGCCUUUCCAUUCGUCUGUAAGAUUCCUACACUGGAAAACUAACCUCAGAUCCAAGAUUGUUUAUCCAAUUCUUUAUCAUCAACACUGACACAUCAGCAUCACUCAAUCACAGUGCAGCAACAAGAUGUCUGCUCAUCUCCAUCCCUGCAGUGAUGAAGGGCUCUUUCCAGCCUGCUGUAGGGACUUCAUUUGCAUUUCUCUCCCCAUUACUCUAAUUCCCUGCCCCUUUCAUCCUCCCAUCACUGUUGUUAUAGUGCUGUUUUCUUGGUCCUUUGAAGCUAUGAGUCAUGACAUACAUUCCUCUGUUCCACAAAUUUGGAAAUUAACCCUUUUUUUUAAAUCAGAGGUGCUGUUGCUAAUAUUGGACAAUGGUAUUGGUGAUAUUGUUGCGAAUUACAGUUAGUUGUAGCCAGAGACCUGCACUGGUGUCCACAUGCACACAUAUUCUUGCAUAUUUGGUUUACAGGGACUCUCCAUAAGUGUAAUAUUUUUAUAAUGUACAAAGUGUAUUUUCUAUCCACUUACCCUAAGUCUACACCUAAACCUACCAUUUACAUAAAAAAACUAAUUUCGAAAAACACCAUGUAGUGUGUUUUUUAAGCCCUUUUACAGGUACGCAGAAAGUGUCCUCAUAAACCAUGUUUAUGUUGUAGUACCCAUGACAUUAUACACAUUCGUGUCCUCAUAAACCAUAUUUUCCAGAAAACAAACACACAC